UCAUUUACUACCUAAAUCUGAGCUGCUGAAAAGGAGGUGGAUUAACUUGGUUUUCCAGGAAAAUGCUCCCUCAGUUCUGCCGAAAUUCGUUUAUGUCUGUGCGAUUUCACACCGAACUGCUUAGUGAACGAAUAUCAAUACAAAAGGACAAUACAAAACAGAGACUGUGCUAAAAAUAUGCUACUCAAGGAUUUACAAGUAAAAUCUGUUCGUGAUCCAUCUUACAGUCUCCAGAGUGAUACUAUAUGGCAGUAAUGAAGAAAAGAAAACGGUGUCAGUGACAGAAGGAAAUUCUGUCACGCUGAAAACUGGUGCAACUGAAAUCCUGAGAGAUGAUGAAGUACUCUGGAAGUUUGGACCACAAGACAUGGUCAUCGCUCAAAUCCACAAAAAGGCUGGUAACAUUUUGUAUGCUGAUGAUGAGCGGUUCAGAGACAGUUUCAGCUGGACCAGCAGACAGGAGAUCUGACCAUCAGCGACAUCAGGAUCCGAAUCUCUGGAGAUUAUCAUCUACAGAUCACCAGCAGCAAAGUGACCAAAACAUUGUACGAGUGGACACACUGAAAUUCACGGAGGGAGAGCCUGUCCAUCUGCAGACCGGUAUUACUAAAAUUCAGAAAGAGGAUCUGAUUCUGUGGAUGUUUGAACCUAAAAAUGCCCUCAUUGCCAAAGUUGAUGGGCAAACCAAUGAGACCAGCGUCUACGAUGUUGAUGACGAGAGAUUCGGAGACAGACUGGAGCUGGACGAUCAAACUGGAGACCUCACCAUCACAAACACCAAAAGCACCGACUCUGGAGUUUACGAAGUACAGCUCAAGAGCAGUGAUACAGUUUCAUACAAGAAAUUCAAUGUUCUUGUCUGGUUGAAUACGCUGAAACAUACAGUUGGAGAUUUUGUGAUUCUACAAACUGGAGUUUCCGAACUGAAGAAUAAUGAUCCGAUACUGUGGAAGUUUAGCCAUAAAGACACUUUUAUAGCUGAACUCAACAGAGCCACCAAUCAGACCUUGUUCUAUAAAGGUCCUGAUGGGAGAUUCAGAGACCGAUUGCAGAUAAACCAGCGAACUGGAGAUCUGACCAUCAGGAAUAUCAGCAGAGCACAUUCAGAUGUUUAUACACUACAAAUCAGCAGAGGCAAAAAGAUCACAUGCAAGAGAUUCAUGGUGGUUGCCCACGAGAAGACCGUGUCAGCGACAGAGGGAGAUUUGGUCACGCUAUACAAUGAUACUGAAAUACAAGAUGAUGAUCUGAUACUGUGGCUGUUUGGAGCUGAAGACAGACUCAUAGCUAAAAGAGAAAUGAAUAAAAGUGCCUGUGCUUAUUAUGGUAGUGAAGGGAAACUCAAAAACAUAUUCAAUUUGAAUCCUCAAACUGGAUCUCUGAUCAUAACAAACAGCACAACUGAACAUGCUGAAGUUUAUAAACUACUGAUCAUCAGCAGCCGAGAGACUAAAUGCAAGAGAUAUAAAGUUACAAUCCAUGAGAGAGAAAGAAAUACAGAUGAAGAGGAUGAGCAGGAGGGGAUGCGCUUAAUUAAUAUAUUAAACCCUCAACAGUAAUAUAACAUAAUUGUAAACAAUUUCAGAGAUUUUAUUAUUGACUAUUAUUGUUGGUGCUUGUGAAUCAAACUAAAUGUGAUCACAACUGAACUUGGUUCAACUAGUUUCUCUAUAUAUUUGUAUGUUAUAUAUUUAUGAAUUUAUUUUACUACAAUCCUUAACUUGUUAGUGUAUGGACCUUAUAUAGCAGUGAUUUGUUACUGUGUGUUUUGUGUUAGACAGCUCUAUAUUUUGUAGUGGCUGGAAUCUGCUUGACUCUUGUCGAUUUGGACAAUGAUUUAUAAUUGGUAAUAUUAUAAAUAUUAAUAUUUAUGAGGUGCUUAUGACUCUGAUUGGGGGUUUAUUGCCGUUUUUUUGCCGCUUGGCUUAAAAGUGACUUCGGUUCAAGCUUUGUUUAAUGUACACUAUUGACAAUGGACCUUUUUGCCCAUGAAAUUUCACCGAAAUGUUGUGAAUUUUUUCCACUUAGCAAACAAUUUUACCUGUUUAAUACUUGCUCUUCUUAAAAUUUAGAAAUUAAUCUAAAAAGCAACUUUUUUGUGAUCUGUAAUUAAUUAAAAUUAGACUUUUUUACAUCACUACAAUAGACACCAUAUUUUCAUUGCUAUUGGUUGAUCAGAGACCAGUCAGUAACCAGGCAUUACUCAUAUUAUGAAAACAUUCAAUUUUAUUGAUUUAAAUUAAAAACCAUGUGAUGUUCAUUCCAAUGAUGACAAGGUCUGAAUUACUAUGUCUGCACCAUUAUAUGAACAAGUUCCCCUUUUAAAAAAAAAAAAAAAACUU